CCCGGCCCGGAACUCCACGGGCGCUGACCCCAAGUUCCCUUCCGACCCCCGAUUCCCUUAACUGGAAGGCUCCGCCUCGUGCGCAGUGACGUCGGACGCCGCAGCCACCCGGCGCUGGGGGGGGGGUCGGUGUAGGGUAGAAUGGCCGCUGCCGCCGUCACCCGCGGGACCCCGGGAGCACAGACUCCCCCUCCCCCCGGCCCCUCAGGCCGGGGGUGACCUUGCUCCCUGGAGCCCUCACCAUGAAUACCAAGGACACCACUGAGGUUGCUGAGAACAGCCACCACCUGAAGAUCUUCCUCCCCAAGAAGCUGCUGGAGUGUCUUCCUCGAUGCCCGCUGCUGCCUCAAGAACGGCUACGGUGGAAUACAAAUGAGGAGAUUGCAUCCUACCUGAUCACCUUUGAGAAGCAUGAUGAGUGGCUGUCCUGUGCCCCAAAGACAAGGCCUCAGAAUGGCUCCAUCAUACUUUACAACCGCAAGAAGGUGAAAUACCGAAAGGAUGGUUAUCUCUGGAAGAAGCGGAAGGAUGGGAAGACUACCCGAGAGGACCACAUGAAGCUCAAGGUCCAGGGCAUGGAGUGUCUCUAUGGCUGCUACGUUCACUCUUCCAUCGUCCCCACAUUCCAUCGGCGCUGCUACUGGCUGCUCCAGAACCCUGACAUCGUCCUUGUGCACUACCUGAACGUCCCAGCCCUGGAAGAUUGUGGAAAGGGCUGCAGUCCCAUCUUUUGUUCAAUCAGCAAUGACCGAAGAGAGUGGCUGAAGUGGUCCCGGGAGGAACUGUUGGGACAGCUGAAGCCCAUGUUUCAUGGCAUCAAGUGGAGCUGCGGGAAUGGAACUGAGGAAUUCUCUGUGGAACAGCUGGUACAACAAAUCUUGGAUACCCAUCCAACCAGGCCUGCACCCCGAACCCAUGCCUGUCUCUGCAGUGGGGGCCUUGGUUCCGGGAGCCUUACCCACAAAUGCAGCAGCACGAAACACCGUAUCAUCUCACCCAAAGUGGAGCCCCGAGCUCUAACCCUGACCUCUGUCCCCCACUCACAGCCCCCUGAACCUCCUCCCCUGAUCACUCCACUUCCCCCAGAGCUCCCCAAAGCACAUACCUCCCCAUCUUCAUCUUCUUCCUCCUCCUCAUCAGGCUUUGCGGAACCCCUAGAAAUCAGACCUAGCCCUCCCACCUCUCGAGGGGGUUCAUCAAGAAGAGGCACUGCUAUCCUCCUCCUGACAGGACUGGAGCAGCGUGCUGGAAGCUUGACACCCACCGGGCACUUGGCUUCCCAGGCUGACUCUAGGCCUUCUGUGAGCUUGGCUGUGGUUGUAGGCUCUGAGCCCACUGCCCCACCAGCUCCUCCCAGCCCUGCCUUUGACCCUGAUCGUUUUCUCAACAGCCCCCAAAGGGGCCAGACAUAUGGAGGGGGCCAAGGGGUAAGCCCUGACUUCCCUGAGGCAGAGGCUACCCAUACCCCCUGUCCUGCCCUAGAACCUGCUGCUGCCCUGGAGCCCCAGGCAGCCUCUCGGGGUCUCCCUUCACAGUCAGGUAUAAGUGGGAGAAGAGGAAACUGCUUCUUCAUCCAAGAUGAUGAUGGUGGGGAGGAGCUCAGGGGCCAGGGAUCAGUCCCACCUGUACCUUCACCCCCUCCUUCAUCCUCAUCCUCACCUGCCCCUUUGGAGCCAUCAGGCAGGGUAGCAAGAGGGGAGGCCUUGUUUGGAGGACCUGGUGGGGCCAACGAGCUGGAGCCCUUCAGUCUCUCAUCAUUCCCAGACCUUAUGGGAGAACUCAUCAGUGAUGAAGCUCCAACCAUCCCUGCCCCAACACCCCAGCUCUCUCCUGCUCUUAGCACCAUCACCGACUUCUCUCCAGAGUGGUCCUACCCAGAGGGUGGGGUCAAGGUGCUCAUCACAGGUCCCUGGACGGAGGCUACGGAGCAUUACUCCUGUGUCUUUGAUCACAUCGCAGUGCCAGCCUCACUUGUCCAACCUGGUGUCUUACGCUGCUACUGUCCUGCCCACGAGGUGGGGCUGGUGUCUUUGCAGGUGGCAGGGCGGGAGGGACCCCUCUCUGCUUCUGUGCUCUUUGAGUAUCGAGCCCGCCGAUUCCUGUCUCUGCCUAGUACACAGCUUGACUGGUUGUCACUGGACGACAACCAGUUCCGCAUGUCCAUCCUGGAGCGGCUGGAGCAGAUGGAGAAACGGAUGGCAGAGAUUGCAGCAGCCGGACAGGCACCUUGCCAGGGUCCUGAGGCUCCUCCAAUUCAGGAUGAAAGCCAGGGUCCUGGGUUCGAGGCACGGGUGGUGGUCUUGGUGGAGAGCAUGAUCCCACGAUCCACCUGGAGGGGUCCUGAACGUCUGACCCAUGGAAGCCCCUUCCGGGGCAUGAGCCUUCUGCAUCUGGCUGCUGCCCAGGGCUAUGCCCGCCUCAUCGAGACCCUGAGCCACUGGCGGAGUGUGGAGACUGGAAGCUUGGACUUAGAGCAAGAGGUUGACCCGCUCAACGUGGAUCAUUUCUCUUGUACCCCUCUGAUGUGGGCUUGUGCUCUGGGACACCUGGAAGCUGCUGUUCUCCUUUUCCGUUGGAAUCGACAGGCGCUGAGCAUUCCUGACUCUCUGGGCCGUCUACCCCUGUCUGUGGCUCAUUCCCGGGGUCAUGUGCGCCUUGCCCGCUGCCUUGAGGAACUGCAGAGACAGGAGGCUUCAGUUGAACUCCCACUUGCCCUAUCACCACCCUCCUCCAGCCCAGACACUGGUCUAAGCAGUGUCUCCUCGCCCUCGGAGCUGUCAGAUGGCACUUUCUCUGUCACAUCAGCCUAUUCUAGUGCCCCUGAUGGUAGUCCUCCCGCUGCUCCUCUGCCAGCCUCUGAAAUUACUAUGGAAGAGAUGGUUCCAAGCCAGCUUUCCUCUGGUGCCGCUGAGGCCCCACUUCUCCUCAUGGACUAUGAAGCCACCAACCCUAAAGGGUCCCCAACCUCCCCUCCUGCCUUCCUGCCAGCCCCAGAUGAUAGGGCUGCUUCAGAGGAUGUUGAUGGCCCACCAGCGGUGGACAUGAUCCCGGUGGACAUGAUCUCACUGGCCAAGCAGAUCAUCGAAGCCACACCAGAGCGGAUUAAGCAAGAGGACUUUGUGGGGCUGCUUGAGACUGGAGCCUCAAUGCGGGAGCGGACAGGUGCCAUAGGGCUCAGUGAGACCAUGUCCUGGCUGGCCAGCUACCUGGAGAAUGUGGACCAUUUCCCCAGCUCAGCCCCUCCCAGUGAACUGCCCUUUGAGCGAGGUCGCCCAGCUAUCCCUCCAGCACCUUCCUGGGCAGAGUUCCUCUCUGCAUCUACCAGUGGCAAGAUGGAAAGUGACUUUGCCCUGCUGACACUGUCAGAUCAUGAGCAGCGGGAAUUGUAUGAGGCAGCCAGAGUUAUCCAGACAGCCUUCCGAAAGUACAAGGGCCGGAGGCUGAAGGAGCAGCAGGAGGUAGCAGCAGCUGUGAUCCAGCGCUGUUACCGGAAGUACAAGCAGUUUGCACUCUAUAAGAAGAUGACCCAAGCAGCCAUCCUAAUCCAGAGCAAGUUCCGAAGCUACUAUGAACAGAAGCGAUUUCAGCAGAGCCGCAGAGCGGCUGUGCUCAUCCAGCAGCACUACCGCUCCUACCGCCGCAGGCCGGGUCCUCCCCACCGGCCCUCGGGCCCCUUGCCGUCCCGCAACAAAGGCUCCUUUCUCACCAAGAAGCAGGACCAGGCAGCUCGGAAGAUAAUGAGAUUCCUGCGGCGCUGCAGACACAGGAUGAGGGAACUGAAGCAGAACCAGGAGCUGGAAGGGCUUCCCCAGCCAGGACUGGCCACCUGAUCUCUCCACCGCCUUUCUCACCACCCUGGGGGCGCCUCUGGCAGUCUUAACAGGGAGAGGCUUUUUGGGGCAGGGGGAGCCCUGUCGGCAGCUUUCCCCUUCGCGGCCCCCACCUGCUCCCAACACCUCUCCUCCCCUGUCCUGGUCGUGCCUCCUCUUUUGGUCCCGGCUCCAGAAGAGCCAUGCCCCACGACCCUGCAUCUCCAGCAGUGACCCACGGAACCCUGCCUGCCCCUUCACAGCUCCCUCUCUGCCUGCACCAACGGCCCUUCCUGACUUGCCUUAUUUAUUUGUUCGACGCGUCACUGAAUGUAUCCGCCUCGGUCCCCACCGCUGCCCAGGCUGCGCGCGCCCUCCUGUUUCGGAGCUGACCGUGCCCCACUCCACUCCGCAUGUUUGCGUCUGUUUCCUCCCUUCCAGGACCUGUCUUCCCCCGUCACCCCGACUCUGACCACCACUGCGGGGCAAGGAGGGGGUGUAGUUAGGAACGCGUGGCGGGACCGCCCCGCCCCAGAGGGCAGGGGGCUGUACAUACUGUAACAUACAGAGUAUAGUGAUGAAUCUAUUUAAGGCGCGCGGGGAGGGCUCCCCGGCGCGCCAGGGGCCUCCUGCCGGCUCCACGAGCACUUUCUACAUGUGCAUGGGUUUGAUUUAUACAAAUUGCCAUUAAACAUCGCUGCACCAGC